AUGGCUAUUAGAACUAUUUCUUACGAUCAUGAAAAAGUAUUUCAUAUAUAUUUAUAUGAUUAUUUGCUCAAGAAUAAAAAGGAUCGUACAGCAGAAAUCUUCAGAGAAGAAGCAAAUAUGUCUGACUUUUCACUUCAUCAUGAUACUCCCCAAGGGUUCUUACACGUCUGGUGGUCCUCUUUCCACGAUGAAAUAUCAAACCAUGAUAAGGAGGCCAUUCUUCAGGGAUUAUUGCAAUGGAGAAUGGCUAAGCAACAAAGUUCCCAGUCAAUAGUGGGGAACCAUCAAAUUACACCUGAUCACCCAAGGAGAUCAAUGGCUGAGCAACAAAGGUCCCAUUCAAUAGUGAGGAAUAACCAACAAAUUAUGCCUGAUCAUGAACGAAGGAGAUCAAUGGCUGAGCAAGAACUAAUAAUAAGGUCUCAUUCAAUAGUGAUGAAUCAUCAAAUUAUACCUAAACAAGUGGCUGAGCAACAAAGUUCUCAUUCAAUAGUGAGGAACCAACAAAUUAUCUCUGAUGAACAAAGGAGAAUGGCUGAGCAACGAAGCUCACAUUCAAUAGUGAGGAGCCAACAAGUUAUGACUGAACAAUCUCCAAAUGGUAAUGGCUUCGAAAACAAUUUGGGGUUGCCAACUUCUUCGGUUGAAAACUUUUAUGACAGCAGCAAUCAUAUGAAUCAGCCUGUUGUGGAUUCUAAUCAUGGUUUGAGUCAGCCUGUUGUGGAUUCUAAUCAUGGUUUGAGUCGACCUGUUGUGGAUUCUAAUCAUGGUUUGAGUCAGCCUGUUGUGGAUUCUAAUCAUGGUUUGAGUCGACCUGUUGUGGAUUCUAAUCAUGGUUUGAGUCAGCCUGUUGUGGAUUCUAAUCAUGGUUUGAUGAGUCAACCAGCUAUGGACUUUAAUCACGGUUUUAGUCAACUUGCUGGGGACCUUGACUAUGGUUUUACUCAACUUUCUCGGGAAUUCGACUGUAGGUUUUGUCAACCUGCUAAGGAGUUUGACUAUGGUUUAAGCCAACUCGAUAUCAACGAUAUCAACCAUUCAUUGCGCCAGCAGAAAUAUCAGAAAGAAACAAUUCAAAGAAAUGGCAACAACUUAGAAACCAUUGCAGCUCCGAACUCUGUGCCGCUCAAUGGCACAUCCCAUGUAUCAGGAGGACCUCAUUUUCAUGCAGGGAUGAGUCAAGGAUCUAAUCUUGUACAUGCAAUGGAAAAUGAGGAAACUGAGCAACAAAGAUCCCAUGCCAAGUUUGGACAACCUUCAAUUUAUUUCAACCUGAUAAGGACUUUGUUCUUCGAUUAUGUCAAUCUGGUGUUCAACAAAAUCCACCACUAA